AUGGCGUCAAGGAAGAAGGUCCUCCUCAAGGUCAUCAUCCUUGGGGACAGUGGGGUAGGCAAGACGAGCUUGAUGAACCAAUAUGUCAACAAAAAGUUCAGCGCCAGUUACAAGGCUACCAUCGGCGCCGACUUCCUGACCAAAGAGGUCCUCGUCGAUGACAGGCUGGUGACGAUGCAGCUCUGGGACACGGCCGGCCAAGAACGCUUCCAAUCACUCGGUGUGGCCUUCUACCGCGGCGCCGACUGUUGCGUGCUCGUCUAUGAUGUCAACAACUCCAAAAGCUUCGAUACACUGGACAGUUGGAGGGACGAAUUCCUGGUGCAGGCUAGCCCCAUGGAUCCCGAGAGUUUUCCAUUUGUCGUGAUUGGCAACAAGAUCGAUGUCGAAGAGAGCAAACGAAUGAUCUCAUCAAAGCGCGCAAUGACAUUUUGCCAAUCAAAAGGCGGUAUUCCGUACUUUGAGACGAGCGCAAAGGAGGCAAUCAACGUCGAGGACGCUUUCGAGGUCAUCGCAAGACAAGCGCUCGCACAAGAAGAUGUCGGCGACUUUGGCAACGACUUCCCCGAGACAAUCCCCAUCGACCUGAAGGGCAACGAGGGCGGUUGCGCAUGCUAG